UUUCUUGGUGCACACUUGAAAACACAUUGGGCUAAUGUCAUUCCAGUUCACUGCGGAACGACGUGUGUUGUAAAGGCUCUUAAAGCGCGUCCCUUUUCGAUUUGGUUUCUCAUUGUUUCCUCGUCCGUUGGUGCGGCCGUUUCCCCGUACUUUGUGCCUGAGACAACGGUAGUCGCGUUUUCCGAGAAGACAACGGCAUAUUUUCCGCAAGGCAUCAAGAUGAGACUACUAGCGGCAUUCGCACUGGUGCUGACAAUCGCCACCGCGGUGAUUGCGGAGGAAGAAGUUAAAACGGAAGACGGAGUGCUGGUUCUGACGAAAGACAACUUCGAUUCUGUCAUCGCCAACAAUGAGUUCGUGCUGGUCGAGUUCUAUGCUCCGUGGUGUGGACAUUGCAAGGCUCUCGCUCCAGAAUAUGCAAAGGCGGCCAAGGUUUUGGCUGACAAGGAAUCGAAAAUCAAGCUGGCCAAGGUCGAUGCUACCGUGGAGCCAGAACUCGCCGAGAAAUUCGGCAUACGCGGCUACCCCACACUGAAGUUCUUCCGCAGCGGAUCGCAGGUUGACUAUACCGGUGGCCGCGAACAAGACACAAUUGUGUCUUGGCUGGAAAAGAAGACUGGUCCUGCCGCCAAGGAGUUGGAGACCGUCGAAGCUGCCGAGGAAUUCCUGAAGGAAAACAAUGUGGCUGUGGUCGGAUUCUUCAAGGACCGUGAGUCGGCGGAAGCCAAGGCAUUCUUGGCUACGGCCGUAUCUAUCGAUGAUUAUCCAUUCGGAGUGACCAGUAGCGAGGAAGUGUACGCGAAGUACGAAGCCAAAUGUGGCUCGGUCGUUCUGUUCAAGCACUUCGAUGAGGGCAAGGCUGUGUUCGAAGGAGAAGCCACCGAGGAAGCGUUGAAAAAGUUUGUCACUGCUCAAGCAUUGCCGCUUAUCGUUGACUUCAGUCACGAGACUGCCCAGAAAAUCUUCGGCGGAGAGAUCAAGAGCCACCUGCUCUUCUUCAUUUCUAAGGAGGCUGGACACUUGACGGAAUUCGUUGAGCCAGCAAAGGAGGUCGCUAAGAAGUUCCGUGAGCAAAUUCUGUUCGUUACGAUCGAUGCUGAUCAGGAGGAUCAUACCCGUAUCCUGGAGUUCUUCGGAAUGAAGAAGGACGAAGUACCAUCCCUACGAAUCAUUCGUCUGGAGGAAGACAUGGCCAAGUACAAGCCAGAGACCAACGAUCUGUCGGCAGAGAAGAUUAACGAGUUCGUCCAGUCGUUCCUCGAUGGCAAAGUUAAGCAGCAUCUACUGUCGCAAGAUCUGCCUGAGGACUGGGACAAGGAACCAGUCAAGGUACUUGUUGCCACCAAAUUCGACGAGGUUGCCUUCGACAAGAGCAAGGAUGUAUUAGUUGAGUUUUACGCCCCGUGGUGCGGACACUGCAAGCAGUUGGUACCAAUCUACGACAAACUGGGUGAGAAGUACAAGGAUAGCGAUAGCGUCGUCAUCGCCAAAAUCGAUGCCACAGCUAACGAGCUAGAGCAUACCAAGAUUUCGUCCUUCCCUACGAUCUUCCUAUACCGAAAGGGUGACAACGAGAAGGUUGAAUUCAAGGGUGAACGUACGCUAGAAGGUUUUGUCAAGUUCCUAGAAGGCGAAAAUGAUGAGCAACCCGAGGAGGAAGAGAAGGAAGAGAAGCCUGCGAAGGACGAGCUGUAAACAACAACUCAGGCAACACUUUAAAGGGUUAUAACAAACAACACAGCAGAAUUACACUAACGCCAUCAGUGUUAACCCUCCAAACUAAAAAAAAUCCCAACAAAAGCUACAAACGUAAUCUAAGUCCAAACCACCAUCAAUCCAACGGAGAGCGGAGAUGUUCGGGAGAUCAUCAAACACGAACAUAUUUCAAAAACCACUAACAAACAACUAUUCGCAGAAGAAGCCACAAGAAUGAAUGUGCGUGUGCAAAUACGUGUAACUUCGCUAAGAGACUGUAAUAUACUAUAUUUUAUGAUGGAAAUGUUAGUUGAAUCAUGAUAUAGAAAAAACAGAAAAUGAGAUAAACUCACAUCGAUCCCCUGAGUGGAACUUAAUCAUUGCAUAUUUCCCAAUCACUGUCUUUCCGUUCAACACAAGCAAGGCCUGUUUCGCCGCGAAAGUCGUUGUAUCUUAGAUUUGAGUUUAAAGAAAGCAUUUGCUGAUUAUUGGAACAUUGAAGGGAAAUAGGAAAUUAAUGAUCCAGGACAUUUAGCAUUGCAACAAAGGUUAUUUAAAUUCCGUAUUUGCAUUUGAGGAUGAGCACAACGCGCUAGCCACUAAAUAAGUUCACAAACGAUUGUUUGCAUUUGAUUAGUUUUUUGGUUUGAAGUAAGAUAAGGUGAAUGUUAUAUUAACAUUAUGAGCUAAAUCUGUCGUUUGCCUGCGAUGGGUUGCUAGAAAACUUCUUCCGGCACACGGUGCAGUGGUACAUUCACACGAAACAUACAAAACGAAAGCAUACACCACCAAUUGAUUGAGGCAUUAAAAACAAAAUGUUAUGCUCGAAACAAA